GUGCGCUCGAACUGCAUUCCCCAUGAGGCUGCGCGUAUUCUCAGCGCGUGAGAGAGUGGGUGAACGCUGAGGGUCGCGGCAAAACGUUUGUCAUCUUUUAGUUUUUAACUAAAUGUUUCACCCAGCACCAGGCCAAGUCGUCGAGGGAACAGCUGAUCAUCGCCCCCAAGCCUCGGCAAACUUUCAGUCAGAUAUGAGCGGCAGCGGGCGGCCCAGGACGAGCUCGUUCGCUGAGCCUCAGGGGGCGUCCGGAGCCGCUGCAGCAUCCGCCGGAACCACCGCUGUCGUGGGGAGCAACGCAGGAAAGUCCGGGGUCUCACAGGCCUCGGCGGAUAGUUCAUCGGCUUGCUCAAAUUUAAAACUAGCUAGAGAUAGUGGGAAGGUGACCACAGUGGUUGCCACCCCAGGCCAGGGCCCGGAUCGCCCGCAGGAGGUGUCCUAUACUGAUAUCAAGGUGAUCGGUAAUGGCUCCUUUGGCGUGGUGUAUCAGGCACGCCUCAUUGACAGUCAGGAGUGGGUGGCCAUCAAGAAGGUACUUCAGGAUAAGCGGUUUAAGAAUCGAGAACUACAGAUCAUGAGAAAACUGGACCACUGCAAUAUAGUGAGGUUGCGCUAUUUCUUCUAUUGCAGUGGAGAGAAGAAGGAUGAGGUAUACCUCAAUCUGGUGUUGGAAUACGUGCCCGAGACUGUCUACAGGGUGUCACGACACUUCAGCAAAGCGAAAGCCAAUAUUCCAAUCUUUUAUGUGAAGGUGUAUAUGUAUCAGCUUUUCCGCAGUUUGGCAUACAUCCAUUCCCAAGGUGUGUGUCACCGAGAUAUCAAACCACAAAACCUUCUGGUGGACCCAGAAACAGCUGUUCUCAAGCUCUGUGACUUUGGCAGUGCAAAGCAGCUGGUGAGGGGUGAGCCUAACGUCUCUUAUAUCUGCUCACGAUACUAUCGUGCCCCUGAGCUCAUCUUUGGUGCGACAGACUACACCUCCAACAUUGACGUCUGGUCGGCUGGAUGUGUGCUGGCCGAACUGCUGCUGGGGCAGCCCAUCUUCCCUGGAGACAGUGGUGUGGACCAGCUAGUGGAGAUCAUAAAGGUACUUGGAACACCCACAAGAGAACAGAUCCGUGAAAUGAACCCGAACUACACUGAGUUCAAAUUUCCACAGAUCAAAGCACAUCCAUGGACCAAGGUGUUUAAACCAAGAACUCCUCCUGAGGCAAUAGCCCUGUGCUCUCGGCUGUUAGAGUACACACCAGUGACGCGACUAUCCCCUCUUCAGGCUUGCGCUCACACCUUCUUUGAUGAGCUGCGCCAACCUGGCACCCGUCUGCCCAGCGGUCGAGAGCUGCCUCCGCUUUUCAACUUCACCAUGACAGAGCUGAUGAUUCAGCCCCAGCUCAAUUCCACUCUCAUUCCACCUCAUGCCCGUGCACAAAGCGUAGCAUCCUCCAACGAUGGCUCUGAAGGUUCUGUACAGCCUGGAUCUACUCUGACCAACAGCACCUGAGGCUGUGACUCAAAAAACAAGAAUACACACCACAGCAUCUGAGCCACCACAGUGCACAUCUCUCCCUCUGACAAACACACACAGUCUUACACCCUCUUUACCUCAUAGACGGCUUCGCCUCCCUAUAGCUCUAAUUCACACAUUUACAGACUGAUUCAGGUGUCACGCGUUUCAGAAUUACCAGUGACUGCACGGCAGUCUGGAUGUUUGCUGACUGUCUACCGAGAACCGCACUGUACGCACACACCGACACACUGCCAAGUACAUGCAACAAACAACAACAAAUGGAAUUAUACUGCUAAUAUUUGCUUCAGAUAAUAGAGGUAGUCAAUAUCGAGCCCGGAACGGCUGCGUAGGCCCGUAGCAAAGCUCACACGCAUCCAAUAACGCGACACCACACGUGCUUUGGAGGUCAAAUGCGAUUGGUUCAGUGGCUAGGGGCAGGUCCUCUUUCUAAUUUUUAUCUUAAUUUAUUUAAAUUAACAUUUACAGUGGAUGUUUUACCUUGAUUUGUUGCGCCGUAGCGCUCGCUCAUCCCUCUCAAUCUCCCCAUCUGAGGUAUAAUACAUUUCGCAGGGAACAAGCAGUCACAGUAAAUUAUGUAUCUUGUUGUAAAUUUCAAGCAAAAGAGGCGGGACUAAAUGUUGUGGUUUUAUACAGUUAUUUUAAUAACUUGCUUUUACCUUCCAGUAAAUGUAUUUAUGGUUUUGGAGGAACUUUUGAGAAAGCAUCUGUAGAUUAUUUGAAGCGAAGAAGAGAGAGUUUGGAAAACCGCUAAACGUUAUUAUUGACCAUAAAGAAGGAAAAGAAUGAUCGAAAGACGUAUGCAAGACAAUAGCAUAUUCAUAUUGUUGUACUGAAGUGACUUUCUAUUCCUGGGCAUUAUCAUUAACUUUUAAUGAUGCUCUGGGUUUAGGCUUUUUAAUUUAUGCUCGUGAGAUUACGGUCUUCAUCCGUUCAAAGUCAUUUUAGCCCUGGAGACUGAACCAUGCAUCAUAAUUCAGUGUUUCAGAACGUUUCCUUUCUGUUUUGAUCAGUUAAGCUACUCUUAUAUUUAAAGGCCUUUGUGGUAGAACAGUUCUAUACAAUGUUUGUGAAAUCUCCAUCGUCAAACGUUAAAUGGUCUCAGUCAAUCGUAUCGAUCCACAAAAUGACCGAUAUCUUUUCUUUUCUUGAGAACACGUUAACUUCUCAAUAAAACCCUGUUCUGAGGCCCAUCUGUGAUGUUCAUGCUAUUCUCCUGUUCUGUUUCCUUAUUCUUGUUUUGUUGUUCAGAGGGUGUGCUUUGACCAGGUUUGCUCCACCCAUCCUUAUGUAAAUAUCCUUUGGUUUUUAAGCCCUGUGCAGGAUGUAAAUAUCAACGCUGUACCACUUUUGUGUUUUUUCAUUGAUGUCUUUCUCUCCCUUCAUCUCUCUCGGGCUGUCUUCUCUUAGCGUUUGAAGAUGUCAGGGUUCAUUUUGUUUGUCAUUUACAGUAUUUAUUGUUGUUGGGGCUGAAAGUUUCACUUUUCUGUGAAAUAGUAACUCUUAUCAGCGUACUGUAUGUCAGUUCAUAAGCUCAAUAGGUUUGGGAAGGAAAUGGAGUAAAACUUGAGGUGCACGUCCAACAGGGUCAUGCUUUGUUCUCGACUUUUUUUGCAAAGGUGCAAUGAAGUCAUGCUCGUACGGUCUGCUUUUCAUGAAAAGGACGCUCUCUGAAGCGAAUCAAUUGUUUGAAAUAAUGUGGCGGUUUUGCAAAUCUGGCUUCAGGCCUCAAAGACAAUGGAAUGUGUUUAUUCUUUAAUCUGACAUCUGUGAAUCAAGCCCACAGCAACAUGUAUGUGUGCUCUUUGACAAAUGUGAUUUUUCUUUUUUAUAUAUAUAUAUAUUCAAAUGGGUAUUUGGCUUUGAAGUUUAUUUUCCUCCCCUUUAAGGCUUGUUAAAUGAAUUGAGACCAGCCAGCGAAGUCUCUUCCCCUUCAUUGCUUCUGUAAUCCUGCCCUCCCCCUUGUCUCUGCCUUAAGCCCACCGUACAAACGUUAGCCUGUUAUUACCUUUUUUUGUUAAUUGUUGGAACUUUCUGCCUCAACGUUUCGGCCCAGGGGAAUCGUGUCCUGAGACAAAGAGAGACGAAUGGAGAGAGCCUGUCAGAAUAAAUUGAACUCAUUUAAUAAAGUGACGAAACUGAGAUUUUA